UGUGUAAACAUUUUGCUAAGAACUCGAGAAAAAGGUAAGAGUGUGCGUUUUACAGUUAACAAGGAGAAAUAAUAGUGUUCUUUUCUCUUAUAAAACAGAAGGUAAAAUGAUUGACGAAGCGAAAAAAACAGGUGGAGAUGCGCCUGUUGAAGUGGAAAGUCAGUUUAUUUUAAGAUUACCUCCUACACCAGCUGCUGCUUUGAGAGCCGCAGUAAGGUCUGGUGUUAUGAAUUUGGAAGACAGACUUUCUAUUCAGUUGGAAGCAGAUAUGAGACAUGCUACAGUACAGUUUGAUAAAUGGACAUUACCUGCAAAAUUGUACGAUUUACCUACAAUUAUAGAAUCUUGCAAAACAUUGGAUCGUAAAAUAUUUUAUAAAACAGCAGACAUAUGCCAAAUAAUGAUCGCCCAUGAAGGAGAUGCGGCGAAAAGUGAUGAAGAAAUUUCUCCGAAGAAAAAAGACAAAGAUGCGAAGGAUAAAAGAUAUAUCUUGCCCUAUGGCCUUACUCCUCCAUUAAAGAAUGUAAGGAAGAGAAGAUUUCGGAAAACGUUAAAAAAGAAAUAUGUUGAUUUACCAGACGUUGAAAAAGAAGUUAAAAGACUUUUGAGAACAGACACUGAAGCUAUAAGUGUAAAGUAUGAAGUUGUGAAUGCUGAAGAUGAAAAAUCCGAUAUCAAAAAUAAUGACAGAGACUUUAGUGUUGAGGGUCCAUUAUCCUUAGAAGAGAGAGAACUUAGUAAUUCACAGACUGCAGAUGUUGCAGAGUAUGAUAUUUUUGGUGAAGUUCUAAGCAGUUCAGAAGAGAGUGCUGAGGAAGAUGAUGUAAAUGUUGUUGAUGUUGCAGAGAAGCAGGCAAAUAGAAAAUUAGAAAGUAUCACUGAAGAACAGGAAAAGACAGAAAAUGAUGAAGAAAGUAAAGGUGAUAAAGAAAUUAUGGAUCUUUCAAAGAGUAUGCAGCUGAGUCCAGACACUGCAGAACAGUUCCAAGAUCAGGAAUACGGAAAUGAAAACGACAGCAUUGCCGUUUCACAGUUAGAAUCAGCUACAGCAGGUGAAAAUCUUGGUCAGUUAUUGAAAGAACAAAAAACAGAAGAAGAGAGAAUGGCACUUAUGGAGAAGCUUGAUGAACUUGAGCAUACUAUUUCAAAUCUGCAAGCAAAGCGGAGAUCGCAAGAACUAGAAAUAAUGAGCAUAGAAAAUCAAGCUCUCAAACAAAGGUUUCAAGCUAAUAUUGAUCGUUUAAAACAAGAUGAAUAUGAAAAGCAGAUGGAAUAUAAUGAGAUAAUGAGUAUUCUUCAUGAUAAUUAAAAAGUGUAUAUUUAAUUAGCUGUUCUUUAUGUAUAGGAAAGAAGUAUGAAUUAUACUAAGUAUAUUAUUAGCUUGAGCAAAAUUAUAUUUGUUUUAAAAUAUUAUUAUAUUGAUAUUUAAUCCUCGAAUUUAUGCAGCAGCUAUGAUAGGAGAAAUCUCGGUGGCCAUUAUUAGUAAUUUGUAUUUAUAACCGGUGUUAAAAUCUUUGUUAAUAAGGAAAGAUGAAUUCUGAAUAUGUAUGCAAAACAUUGUAAUUAAUACAAAGUCUGAGAUCGAGGA